ACAUUUGUUUACAAUCAGAAACCCGUCAGAUUACUGCCUUUGCUUUUUGCAAAAAGGUUUUUAACAAUAUUGGUUUUCUUUAUUGUAUAUUGUAUAUCUUUAUUGUAUACGUUGCAACCAAUAUUUAUAUUGUGCACCGAUAUAUUCGAGGAUCCGGGGUGUUGUCAGAAGUUCUACAUCAAAAUGAAUGGACCGCGAAUGGGAACGUCUCAAAUGAAUGGAAACAACAGGAGGCCAACAGAUUUUAACCGAAUGCCCGCAAGUGAUAAACCAGUUGGUAGCCAACAUGACGAUUUGAUACGAUACAUUUUUGAUUCCUGGACUAAGGUUUCUCAAGAAGUUGACAGAAAUACAGGGACUUCUGUUAUCUUUUAUCAAGAACAAGAAAAUCAGAACCUUAAAGAUUUUGAACCCUUUGAUUUAGCAGGGUUCUGGGGUAGAAGAAUGGUUCAGAAUUACCAACAUCAGUCUCACAACUCAUAGCAUUUUGUUUGAGGAACGCUAUCAUUUAUGUUACAUUUAUAAUAAUUAAGAAUUUUUGCUCAUUUGAUCCACUAAUAUCUGCAUGUAUAGUUUAUCAAUAUUUUGAGCUUAACUUUUAAAAAAGAAAGAGUUUCAUUUUGAUGUUGUGAAAUGUGUUAAAAUUAAAACAAAGCUUUUUUACCAAGAGACUUGUCUAUAAACAGUCCAAAUUUUUCACAAUGACAAAGUGAGGACUAACUUGAGACGCUUAAUUUUAAGAUUUUUUUAUAUACAAAUACACAAGCCAUAUUUCAUAAAUUGGAUUACAAUAAUAGGUAAUUACUCUUUUUACAAAAAAUUAUCAGCUUGUAAAGAGUGGAUCAAGUCAUAUUUAUAUGUUUUAUACUAUUUAUUAUUUAUAUUUUGUGCAGUAUUUUAUUAUUUUACAUUCCCCUUACAAAAUAUGUAAUUCGCGACAGCUUAGUGAAAUGAUUACAGAAGAAAUAAUGCUUAAAAUCAUUGUGUACCAUUAAAAUAAAAUGUUUUUAUUUA